UAUUUUUUAAGAUUUUUUAAUCUUUUAUUUAUUUGAUAUAGACAAGUUGAGAGAGGAGAGGGAGCUAGAGAUGAAGAGAGACACCUGUUGCAGUGUUUCAUCAUUCAUGAAGCUUUUCUCCUACAGCUGGACCCCUGGGGAGUUCAUGGCAGGAAGGAGUGACCUAAUUUAGUUUGCUCCUGACCCCUGGUCCCCACAGCACAUGGGGACAGCCGGCAGUCUGGGGGUACAGCUCUAACCAGCACUGGCACCAUGAGGUUCUGGUGGCUCCUGCUGGUCACAGGCAUCUGCGGCCUGAACUCACAGGACACAUGCAGGUCAGGACAGCCUGGAGUUCCUGGGAGCCCCGGGCACAAUGGCCUGCCUGGAAGGGACGGGCGCGACGGAGCUAAGGGCGACAAAGGGGACACAGGAGCCCCAGGGCUACCCGGAAGUCCUGGCAAGGAUGGGCCACGUGGGGAGGCAGGACAGCCAGGAGCAAAUGGAAAAGUGGAGGCCAAAGGCAUCAAGGGAGACACAGGCACCAGAGGCCCCCCAGGAAAGCAUGGGCCUAAAGGGAUUAUAGGGCCCCCAGGGGAGCGAGGCCUGCAAGGAGAGACUGGCCUUCAGGGGCACAAGGGAAACAAAGGGGAUGUGGGCCCUAUAGGGCCCGAGGGGCGUAGUGGGAACCCUGGACCUUCAGGGCCCACUGGCACUCGAGGCCCCGAGGGUCCCAUUGGGAGGCCAGGCCCCAAGGGAGAGGCAGGGCCCCUGGGGCCCCAAGGUGAGCCUGGGCCAAGAGGGGUGAGAGGCUGGAAGGGGGAACGGGGAGAGAAGGGAAAGGUGGGGGAGACACCAGUGCUGGCCCGAAGCGCCUUCAGCGUGGGGCUGACAGUGUUAAGCAAAUUCCCUGAGCCCAACAUCCCCAUCAAGUUCGAUCGCAUCCUGUACAAUGAGCAAGAGCACUACAAUGUGGCCACUGGCCGCUUCACCUGCCACUUGGCCGGCCUGUACUUCUUCACCUACCACCUCACCAUCUUCUCCCGCAAUGUGCAGGUGGCCCUGGUCAGGAACGGAGUCAAGGUGUUGCACACCAAGGACGGCUACACAGGUGCUGAAGACCAGGCCUCUGGGGCCACCUUGUUGCAGCUGAAACUGGGUGAUGAGGUGUGGCUGCAGGUGAUGGGUGGUGAGCGCUUCAAUGGCCUGUAUGCAGACGAGGAUGAUGACACCACCUUCACUGGCUUCCUGCUAUUCAGUGGCCAGUAA